AUCAACCAAAAUUCACGACUUAACUUUUUUUGACAGCAUAACGAUUGGAAAAACAAACAUUUAGGAAACAGGCUUGAGUAUUCGAAUUUACCAAGAUAAGCCCCCUAAAUUCUCCGUUCUCUAUUUGCCCAAACUAUGUCCCAAAGCUGAGACACUUUAGACCAUCGCCAGCCAUGCUCCAGAAUGUUGUCAAUAAGGAACGUCCCAUUUACAAGGAUAUCCAGUGCCUCACAGACACCCAGCUGGCGCUCAUGUGCCAGGGCCAUGGGAUCUUCCCGGGUCCAAUAACCUUUCGAAAUCGUCGCCAGCUGGAACGAGAACUCCAUAUAGCGAUAAUUGAGGAGAGGGCCAAGUACCGGGCCCAUCAGCAGUUCGCCCGGGAGUGCCAUUCGCGGAUGCCCAGAAGCAACCAGCAGGCUCGGCCGUCCCAAGAGCACUUUGGCUUGCUGGACGCACUUCCCCAAGUCACCCAGCAAAACCUUGUACCACCAACUUACUGGCCAGCUCCUAGUUUAUUCAAUUUGCACGGACCUGUGCCAUCGAGUAGCAACUUUCAAAAUCGCGGAAGCCGCCCGGAUCCGGUUCUCGAGCCACGUCGCUACAUCAAUUGGCGGCAGCAUAACAGGUGGACCGACCAAUUCAGAACCGAAACCAGGACCAAUAUCCUGGGCUUCAACCUGCCCUUCUCGCUGGAGGCGGCCUUGGAUUUCAGUUCAAGGAUAAGCAACACCAUCAAGCGUUUUCGGGGUGGCGGUAAGGAGGAUACAGUGCAGCAGGAAACGCAGAUAGUUGAGCGGUGUCAAGAAAGCCAGGAAAAAAGAUUCCUUGAUAAUUACCAGGAUCUUUAUCAGGAGGAUUACGAAGAGCAGUCAAAAGAAGAUUACAGCGAGGAAGAGCUCAUUGCAUCACAGGAGGUCCUUGAACGGGACACACUCUCCGAGAGUUCAGAGGACAAGGACCAGCAGCCGGAUAGUGGGAAGAAGAACCUCCGUUCCCAGGACCCCUAUGUCCACCCCUUUCCCUACGACUUCCGAGAACUGCAGCGGCAGGUCGACGGGGCGGAUGCCGAAUCCCGCAGUGAACUGUGCGAGUAUCUGAGCUUCAUCAGCCUGUCUAGUGUUUACCACGAGUUCACCAAGCAGGUGCCCAUGGCCAGGACGCAACCAACUAUAGAUGCCAAGCCCCGUUUCCGCUGGUGGUGGCCGCGCAGGGCGACGGCGGGGGACGAACGGAUUCCCGAGGCGGAGCGGACCACGGAGCAGGAUCUGCAGCAGGAGCGCGAGCUGAAGACCAUAAACUAUCUGAGCGACGCCUCGGCGCGGUUGGAUGACGGGAUGCUGGAGCUGAUGGGCAGGGUGGAGCUGCGCGACGACAGCGAAGAGGAGGGAGUGGCGGAGGAGCAGCAAGGUUCACGGAGCCACCGAUCCUCCGCCGGAUUCCUCCGCCACAUCUUCCGCCUGCUCUGCUGCGAUCGUCAAGGGAAACUCGAUGCGGAAAAACUGCGCUGCACCUUCCUUUGCUGCUGCAUGGCCUUCGGUGUCUACGUGACCUUUAAAAUGUUGCGAUAGUGACUUAGUGACCAUUUCAUUGUAGGCUGGAAUGUUUGGUAUUUGUCCAUCAGUAUUCUGAAAAUAUCUCAGUUGUGCCUCAAGUCUUCGUA